GCGAGGUGUUUGUCAACAUUCUAUCGAUCCAUAUUUAAAAUUGAAGACUUUCCACUAACUGCGUAUAUAAUUUAAUUUAACAAAAUAAAACAAUUCCAACGAGCUAUUAGAUUACUUUCAAAGCCGUAAUAUAAACAGUGUCAGUGACAACAAGCGCAUAUUAAAAACUUGCGUACAUGAUAUAUCAACACACAAAAACUACAAAAGAAUUUGUAAUCAGAGUUUUAAGUGGAUUUAUAAACCCAUAAUCGUGAUUAUUUAUCCAGGACUUGCUCCGAAUUGAUAUACCUAGUGAAUAGCGAAACCGCAAAGUCACCAUGCCGUGUUGAAAAAUCAAUAAAAUCUGCAGUGUUGCGUUGCUAAGUUUUCGUAUUAAAUAUGCACUUAACAACCUCGCGCGGUCUCAAGAUGCUACGAUUUGAAAUUUGAGAAUGGAAGGCUUGUUCGACCAAAGAAUGUCGCCGAUUAUAAAGUGUGUUGUUUUGUUUCUGUUUAUUUUCACGGCAAGGGCUCUAACUUCGAGACCGCAAGAGCCCCAGGAGAGUAAAAACAGCAUCCAGCAAGUGAAACCUGCCCAUUAUGUCCGGACGUUCACUAAAUACCAUCACAGGAGAACAAUCCAGUGGAACAACAACAAUAACAUGCAAGAUGACUGGCCAGUGACCCAUGACCAGCCAAAAGUUGUUGGUAAAAGGAGUGUUCCAUAUUUGAAAGUUGUUAAUGAUAACUGGCCGGUUGUAAGGAAAAGGAUACGGAAAAGAAGUGUGAGCAUUCCAAAUUUGAAUGAAUUUUCUCCAGAUUCAAAUUCUGUGAGCAUAAUUGGUGAUCAUAAUGCUAUAAAUCCUGGUAGUCCUGCAAAACUAGAGAAAUCUAGUAGAAAUGGGCUGUCCAAUGAUGUCAAGAAGGUUAAAGAUAAGACGGAGUCACCUACUAUGGUCAGCCCUAAAGUGUGCUUGUAUAAAGCCAAUAGUAUUGCCAGAAGUACAACCACUUAUAAUGAUGAUAAAGGUGCUCAGAUGACAGUAGAAAAUGAUUUUGGUUCAGACAUACAGGGCGAAAUAACAGACACCGAACUGAAUGGUGAAGCGGUACAACUGGAACAGUGUACGGACCCACGAGCCAUCUGUUAUACUCUGUGGCGCUAUGAUAAGGCUGGCAACAUCACUGUGCUCGGACAAGGAUGCUGGAAAGCUUCAGAGAGUAAGGUGGACUACUGCACUCGUCGUAACACGAGAGACAUCAACGCAACCUUCUGCAGUUGCAGCAAAAGUUACUGCAAUGCUGAUUUCACCUCAAUCCCCGAAGAAGUAGUGACCCCAAGAGCAGAAUCAACAGUCCGGACCGCUUCUUUACAACCCAACUACUCCAAUGCCGUCGCGGCGGCCAUUUUAGGUCUCGCCGCCAUCUUGGUGAUGCUGGUCGUGGUUAAGAAGUUCUACUGCAAGCGGCGGGACGCGGACAAAGAAAUGAGUGAGGGGAAGCAGGAAAAAGGAGGCAUGAUGGGGACCGGGCCUGACGCCUUAGCAACCGGGUUGUCCUGUGUGGACAACCUCACGCUUAUAGAGCAUAUUGGCCAAGGCAAAUUCGGCUCAGUGUGGCGCGGCAGUCUCGGCACAACGCCAGUCGCUGUCAAGUUAUACUCCAGUGCUAACGCGUGGCAGAAAGAGGCAGCGAUAUACGCUCUCCCUCACAUGUCACAUCCUAACAUACUUAAAUAUUAUGGAAGCGACAGCCGACCAGCCUUAGAAGGCGGUCCACGCUCUCAACUAAUAGUAGUAGAGCUAUGCGAGAGUACAUUAAGAGCCCGUUUAGAAGAAGCCCCACUGAGUUGGAUGGAAUUUGCCACCCUAGCCCAUGGACUCAGCUCGGCGUUGGCACAUCUACAUACUAGCACGCCAUCAAAACCCUGUAUCGUGCAUCGAGACGUGAACAGCUCCAAUGUGCUUGUUUGCAACGGACAGGCGCGCCUGGCUGACCUGGGACUAGCCCAAGUCUUACACAGGAAUAAGAGGGCUAACGCCGCAGCGUUAACUGAGGCGGGCACGCUGCGCUACCUGGCGCCCGAGGCGCUGGACGGCGCGCUGGACCUGGACGGCGCGGGCUGGGCGCUGUGCGCCGUCGACGUCUACGCUCUAGGUCUCGUGCUGUGGGAGAUGCUGUGGCGCUGCUCCGGGGCGCACCCCGGGCCCGCGCCCCCGCACGCCGUGCCGUACCACGCCAUGCGGCCGCACAGAGCAAGCAUGCAGACGCUAGUGUCGAGGAACAAGGCGCGACCACCACUGCCCAAGGGCCCGGUGCCAGAAGCGAGAGCUCUUAAAAUCGCCAGCGACACCUGCGAUGAGUGCUGGGACCAUGACGCUGAAGCCAGGUUAACAGCGGUAUGUGUGGAAGAGCGUAUGGCUGAACUGAAAGCCAUGCUACAGACUCAUGGGCCCGUCAUACACGACAACAACUUACAUCCACAUAACCCAGGGGACCCUUCAAACCCGGCUCCAGAAGCCGACAAGAACUCGAACUGCACCUCGACGCAGACGUGUGACGUCACCACUCCGCUCCUCUACCCGCGCCCGCACAUCGGCCGCAACGCCUGCAUCGAGCGCAACACACACACACACACGCAAGACACCCACACACUCAUACAUAAGAGCCUCAAGGACAUACACACCGACACGCAACACUGCCUCUCCGUCGCCAGACCCACACACACACACAUAGAACACUCUGACCGUCUCAACGAAAUCAGAUCCUACCAACGGCCUUUAGACUACGUCCCUAAUGACGUCACUUCACAUGAAGAUAGAGGACCCAAACAAACUAACCUGUUACAAGAAGUCAAAGUAGAAAAACCUAAAUGGGGUAUAAGAAAGUUUUUUGAAAAAAAACUAAAUAGAUCUAAAGUCGAAACUGAAGUUAAAUUAGUACCUGAAACAGCACAGAGAACUAUGACAUCCAUAGUAAAUGAGAAACCGAGUAACAUAUUCAGGCCGUCGAAUCUAGUUAUCAAUCAGGAUCGAAGCCCGUUCAACUUUGAAGGACCUUGCACGUUAUCUCCCCCGAACAGAACUCUGUCUCCGACUAUGAUGAUAGAAUCUGAAAUGAGGACAGAGAAUAAUGUCUUCGGUUUCAAAGAGUUACCGAUAAAUGAAACUGAUCAACCGAACCAAGUUUUCGCUGUCAUCGUUCCAAAAUCUAAACCUAAUUUUACUAAUUUGAUCGAAUUAAAGAAACGUGGAAGCUCAGAGAGUAUUAAUAAGAACUCAGUUCAUACUUCAAUGUCUUCGCAAAGCAUUUUCAAAUCAGGAAACUCAGAGUCGGAAGACUCAACGGUCAAGAAAAGACUUAGCUGUGAUAAUAGAAUCAUCACCAACUCUAAUAGUGCUAGUUCUUCAAGAGCAAGCAUCAAUUUAGAGCUUCAGUACAUUGAUAAUCCAACUCCCAACUUCACUGGAAACACAAGCCCCUUUGACCCGAAUUCAGACUGUUCGUCAAGCGAAGAUGAACAUCUAAUGCUUCUAUCAGAAAAUGGAGGCUCGAAAAUUACCAUGCAAACCAUAAAACCUGAAGAAAAGAAGAAAUACCAGAACGAAGUGUUAAAAGAAGCGAGCCACACAAAAACUGACUUCGUAUUCAACAAAUUUCAAAACAAAUAUACAAACUUUGACAAUGAAUUCAGCGACCCUAAUGACAAAGAAAACUUAGUCAACGGUUACAGUGGCGAUAACCCAGUUUACUUAGCAGCUUUAAAUGGAGAGAUCGACACAACUGAUUUGAAAUAUGUCGAAGAGAAACCUAAAUCACCGAAGCCGUCUUUGAAGAACUUGACUAUAAAGCGACAACAUUCUUUAGAGCAGGUUAGUGAGAUAUUUUCAUCGUCUGGUGACAUUCAUUUACAAAACCCAGCGGGCCGGGUCAAGACUCCGGGUGACUUGCCAGUAGCUGUCCGGAGGGCUAGACGAGACAGGGCCUUACAGAAAGGAAGAGCGAAUGAGUGCAACAGACUAAGCUUAUAUGACGAUAGAAUGAUGUUCGGAAAUAGUUUGUAAAAGCACUGUAGUUUUUUACUUGUGACGUCAUUUGACAGACAGGGUGUUCAAGGCUAAGCCAGUAUUCCUAUUUAAUUCGGAAUUAUUUUUAAUCGGAAUAUUACACUAUGUAUACAUGGCAAGGCCAUUAAAUAAAGUUAGGCUGGUUCCUUUUACUUGUGUUGUAAGAUACAGUGGAGCAAAUCUCGACUGGGGGCCAAAUGUAACUGGUCCAUUUUUUCCAUGUUUUACAAUGUUUGCAUUAUUAAAUUGAGUGUCCACCGGUUGUAUAUGGUAGGCGUGUUUAGUGGAUACAUGUAGAACUCAACAUCAUAGUGUAAUAAUGGAAAAACUGGAUUAGUUACAACAUGCGGCUCGACGCUAAUAGAUGUGACCACCCUUAACCUGGGUUUGCCAGGAGACAUUCAACCAAUAUGACGUCACUUAGUUUUUAGAUUAAAAUAAGGCUUAAGAGCUCGCUAUCUCUCUUAAUACAGAGAAAGAAAUACAACGCCUCGCGCUGAACAUGAAAACGUGUGUCAUUUCGUUGCAUUUGUGAAUUUAUAUGCAUUUUUUUAUUUUAUGAUUGAAAUUGGUGCCUGAAUUUAUAAUAUACGAUUCUCAUUACUGAUAUUUGCUCUCACGAUCGAGGGCAUUGUAUAAAUUAAGAGUGAAUUUUCAAAUUAGAAAUAUACACAUUGUAAAUCAUUUAUUUUAAACAACCUUAGUCCAUAGGUACAGUACACAAUAUACAUUUUAAUACUUACAAAUAAAUAUAUACAAUGGUUCUGUGUCUUAAAUUAACGAAAUUAAUUUCGUUAGUCAAAUUUAAGAACGUGACUUUUGAAAAUUCACUCUUUGUGUGAAUUGACUGUAAUGCCAAAAUGUUUUCCAAGGUCUACAAAAAACUUAACCUUAAAAAAUAUUGUACUAUCAUUAUCAAAUAAUAAGAAUGAGAGUUAUAAAAUAAUAAUGAUAGUGACCCAGGGGACGAAAUAUUGGUGUUACAAGUUGAUGUGCAGUAUGGUAAAAAUAUUAAAAAUGUAUACAAGGCGAUACCUCACAUAAAAUUUAAGGAAAACUUAAUUGAUUCAAUGUUAGAUGUAAAUUCAAUAAUUUACAUGGUUAAUAAAAUUAUGUUGGGAAAAAAACACUAAACUAAUUAAUAAAGUUAAUGUACUCGAAACCUUUUUCUAAAUAUUUGAAUUAUUGGCAAGUGGUAUAUUGUAUAUCAAGCUGCACAGAAAUACAUUGAAAAGAGUACAUUUGUUAUCUUAGGCUGGCUUUUUGUUGUUAAUAUUACUUGUUUUUUUUAUAUGCUUUUUUCUACUCAGAUUCAUGAGUUUUUUCGAUUCCUCGGGUGAACAAAAGUGGCUCAAUUUAUUUUGUCCACUGAGUUACGAUCUCAUAUAAUUUUUGGGUCGUAACUCAGUGGAAAAAAAUGAAAUCUUUUUUUUCUCCUAUUAGAAUCGACAAAGAUGAGUAAAGAAAGUCUGACUAGAAAAAGUAAAAAAAUAAAUGGAAAUAGGUAACAAAAUAUAAUUUGGCCCAAAAACGGUGUUUUUAAUGUAAUAGACCAUUGUGUUUAGUGAAUAAUAUUGCCUCACAUAAAAUCAAUCCUUAAUACUAUUUUAAGUUAAUGUGAUCUUUAAUACGUACGUAGUUUAAGUUCCUAAUUCGCGCCAUGUUUUUGUUCGAAUUGUUAAGUUUCUUUACGUUUAAAGGUGUGGUACAGUUUCAGAUAUAUCAUUAUGAUAGUCUACAGAAUCUCUAUAUUAUCUAUAUAAGUGAAAGUAAUAUAACUACUUUGAAUACUUGACUACUAAAAUAUAAUGACAAACACGAUACAAAAUUUAAAUUUUAAUAAACCCACGAUAUAGUGGGCCGAUUUUCAUCAAACAUGGCACUCCCGACUAGCUUUCAAACAAAAAAUAAAUCUAAAUCGAUUCAUCCGUUCGAAAGCUACGAUGCCAUGCCACAGACAUACACAUACAGAUGGAUUCGUCAAACUUACGAGUACAGGGUGAAAUAAAAAGGACCGUUCAAACUUUGUAUAGUGUAUUUUGAGGUCAU